ACUCCAAGUAGCAGAGGAGCCAGGUGUCAGCAAUCAACAAAUUACUGCCUGCCUCAUAUAAAAGCAGUUUUCUGUGUUUCAGUGUUUAGCUGCUGUCUCAACAUGAAGGGAGUGCAAGGAUACUGAAUAAAGAUGUCUGGCCGUGGGAAGAAACCUGUGCCCCCACCAAAAACUUCAGUGUCCCGGUCUACCAGAGCGGGGGUCACCUUCCCAGUGGGCCGCAUCCACAGGCUGUUGAAGAAAGGCCAAUAUUCUCAGCGAGUUGGCUCUGGCGCUGCAGUGUACUUCGCAGCCGUCCUGGAGUACCUCUGCGCCGAAAUCCUCGAGCUGGCAGGAAACGCCUGCCGUGUCGGCAAGAAGCACCGCAUCACUCCUCACCACAUCUUAUUGGCGGUGAAAAAUGAUGAAGAGCUCAAGCAGCUGCUGGCAGGGGUCACAAUCUCAAAUGGCGGGGUCGUCCCAAAUAUCCAUACCAUGCUUCUCCCCAAGAAGACCCACGCACCCAAGGAAAACGGCACAGCUAAGGAUGUUCAGUCUCAAGAGUUUUAAAUUAUGAAUGUACAGGUUUUCAAAUGUUGAUAUUAAAUUUUAUAAUAAAGAUGUUAAGUUUUUUAAAA